AUGCAGAAAUAUGAUCCUGAAACUGACUUUCCGGAGGCAUGGAAAAUAUUAAAGCCGUUUAUGCUCAGCGAGGACGCUCUGAUAACCAUCCGGAACUCAAUGACGCGUGAAUUACUGAACGGUCUGGGCAAGGAUACCCAUAGUCGAUCCUCCAUACCCUCUUGGCUGAGUUAUGUGCAGCAGCUGCCGACGGGAGAUGAACGAGGUCGUUUCCUUGCCUUAGAGAUGUGGCCCUCCAACUGCCGUAUUAUGCUGGUCAAAUUCAGCAGUGAGAAUGACAUCUACAUGAGCUCUAAAUGCGUUAUCAUACCACAUACGAUAGCCGCAUCGCGGGGCACUACACUUUUUAAUUUUUUAGCGCAGAAUAUUGCAAUAUUUGUCAGAGCUAAAAAAGUGGAAAAGGAUAACUUGCCCAUGGGAAUUGCAUUCGCUUUCGACCUGAACCAGCUAUCGCUGGAUGUGGGCAUUCUGAUCAGAUGGACUCAGGGGUACGGUGCUCAAAGCGCCAUUGGCAAGAAUGUGGUGCAGCUACUACGGAACGCCUUGGAUGAGUACGAGGAUGUAAAAAUAAACCUGAACUCGAUUGUUAACAUUUCUACCGGUUCUCUGAUGGCACUCGCCUGGUCUUGUUCCGAUUGUAAAAUGGGUCUUAUAGUGGGAUUAGUCACAAAUGCCGCCUAUGUGGAGCGGGCUGAAGCAUGUGAAAGGAUGGAAGAGGAGUCAAAGCAACCGCUGAUGAUCGUCAACACUGAUUGGGGCAAUUUUGGUUCAAACGGCCACUUGGACUUUGUGCGCACUGAGUUCGACAAGAUUAUCGAUGCGAACUCCAACAAUCCGGGCAUGAAGUAUUUUGAGAAAUGCAUCAGCACCCUGAAUUUGGGUGAACUGGUGCGCCUAAUAGUCGUGCGUCUAAUAGAUAUGGGAGUCAUUUUUAAAGGUGUGAGCAUGGCCUAUAUCGGCAUUGAAUGGAAAAUGGAAAUGAAGUCGAUUGUGGAUAUCGAGUCAGAUCCACCAAAUGUUUAUACACAAGCUCAGAAGGUCAUGGACAAAUUCGGUAUUCAUAACUGCAAUGAACGUGAUUUGGCCACCUUACGAUUCAUAUGCAAGAUAGUUGGAAUCCGCUCCGCCAAGCUGGUAGCUGCUGGUUUAGCCUGUCUGAUCAAUCGGAUGAACUACCCCAAGAUUAAAAUUGCUGUUGAUGGUGGAGUAUAUCGACUGUAUCCCACUUACCAAGAGAGUCUUAAUAAGUAUACCCUACUGCUGACCGAUCCCCAGAAUAAAUUUGAGCUCAUCAACUCGGAUGAUAGUCCAGGAGUGGGUGCUGCUAUUGUUGCUGGUCUAACAUCAACACUCAAACAGAAGAAAAUAGUCAUUACGUAG